CCCGGCUCCCCCCUUGCUGACCGCCGCCCCCGCGCACGACCAGCGUCCACUCCACGCCGCCGCCGGGCCGCUUGGUCAGGCCGCCGCAGCUAACCUCGCGCGCGCGCGCGCGGAAUUAGCGAGGACGUGGCGCGGCUCCACUGUUGCGGGAGGCGUUUUAAUCGCGGGCGCGCCACAGCUCGCUUGUCCCGAACAUUUCCUGCAAAAAAGCGCGAUUCCUCCCCUGCUUUCGAUUAGCGAGCUGGGUGGAUCAACACUUGGACAGGGGGAAAGCUGGGGAGUGCUCCCGGUACCGUGGCCUGAUUAGUUAAUGCGGCUUAUUUAUUAUACUAUUAGUGCUCGAGCGAGCUGCUAGAGUCGUAGGCGUGAUUAUUGUAAGGCAGCUGUCGCCGUUGGGAACUCGCGAAAGCUUCGCCUCUUUUGAGAAGGUCUAGCCCACGCGCCCCUCCGCUCGAAGCUCUAGUCUCCUGCGCCGUCCCGUGCUGUGCUGGGCUUUGGUUGCUUCGCUAGUGGUGGUAGUGCUAGAGCCUGCGGCUGGUUAGCGCGGCGCAUUUCCUCGAGCACAUGGUGGACAUUGGGCGGGAGGGGGAAGAGGAGAGAUAGAUUGGGGGAAGGGAGGAUGGGGAAGUACGGCGGGGUGGGGAGGGGGUGGAGAGGCUUGCCGGCGGCGGCGGCGGCAUGGGUGCUGCUGGCCGUGGCGUGCUCGGCGGCCAUGCACUGGCACCUGCGGUGGGAGAGCAUGGACCGCGCGGAGGAGCGGCUCGUCAGCAUGUGCGAGGAGCGCGCCAGGAUGCUGCAGGAGCAGUUCGGGGUCACCGUCAACCACGUCCACGCGCUCGCCAUACUCAUCUCCACAUUCCACUACGAAAAGCUGCCCUCCGCCAUCGACCAGGAUACUUUUGCAAAGUACACGGGAAGGACAUCAUUUGAGCGGCCACUGCUGAACGGGGUGGCAUACGCUCACCGCCUCUUCCAUCAUGAGAGGGAAAUGUUUGAAAGACAGCAAGGAUGGAUAAUGAAUACGAUGAAGCGGGAGCUUGCACCUCCCCAAGACGAAUACGCCCCGGUGAUUUUCUCGCAGGAUACAGUUUCCUACCUUGCACGCAUCGACAUGAUGUCUGGGGAGGAGGACCGAGAAAACAUUUUGCGUUCUAGGGCUACUGGCAAAGCUGUGUUGACAAACCCAUUUCGGUUGCUUGGGUCAAACCACUUGGGAGUAGUUCUCACUUUUGCUGUGUACCGCCCUGAUCUACCUGCUGAUGCAUCAGUUGACCAACGUGUGGAAGCAACUAUCGGAUAUCUUGGUGGAGCCUUUGAUGUGGAGUCGCUUGUGGAGAAUUUGCUGAGUAAACUUGCUGGCAAUCAGGAUAUCGUGGUGAAUGUCUAUGAUGUCACAAAUGCUUCAGAAGCUAUGGUCUUAUAUGGACCUCCAAGUUCGGAUGAUAAAGUGCCCCUCUUCCAUGUUAGCAUGCUUGAUUUUGGAGAUCCGUUUAGGAGGCAUGAAAUGAGGUGCAGGUAUAGACAAAAGCCUCCUAUGCCGUGGUCUGCCAUCAGUAAUCCUUUGGGCACUUUCGUCAUAUGGAUGCUUCUGGGCUAUAUCAUUUGUGCUGCACGGGCUCGAUAUGAUAAAGUGUCAGAAGAUUGUAGAAAGAUGGAAGAGCUCAAAACUCAGGCAGAAGCUGCUGAUGUUGCAAAGUCUCAGUUCCUGGCGACUGUAUCUCAUGAGAUCAGAACACCUAUGAAUGGCGUCCUUGGAAUGCUGGAUAUGCUUUUGGGAACAGAUCUGACUCUGACUCAGAAGGAUUAUGCUCAGACUGCUCAGAUGUGUGGUAGAGCAUUGAUAACACUGAUAAAUGAUGUCCUUGAUCGAGCAAAGAUUGAAGCUGGAAAGUUGGAGCUUGAAACGGUUCCUUUUGACCUGCGUUCUCUUAUGGACGAUGUUAUUUCCUUGUUUUCUUCAAAGUCAAGGGAGAAAACCAUCGAGCUUGCAGUAUUUGUAUGUGAUGAUGUUCCAAAAGUUGUUAUUGGAGAUCCGUGGAGGUUUCGACAGAUACUGACAAAUUUAGUGGGCAAUGCAGUCAAAUUCACAGACCGGGGUCAUGUAUUUGUGCGGGUCUGUUUGGCUGAGAACUCAAAUGUGGAAGCUAAUCAAAUCCUAAAUGGAACUGUGAAUGGGAAAGAUGGUAAAGUUGAAUCGACGGCUAAUGGUGCCUUCAAUACUUUGAGUGGGUUUGAAGCAGCAGAUAGACGGAAUAGUUGGCAAUAUUUUAAGCUGCUCCUCUCUGAGAAGGAGUCGCUUUUGGAUGAGCUUGAGGGUGAAAAAUCUUAUCGAAGUGAUUCUGACAAUGUUACCUUGGUGAUAAGCAUUGAGGAUACUGGUGUUGGGAUACCGCUGCAUGCGCAAGAUCGUGUUUUUACACCUUUCAUGCAGGCUGAUAGUUCAACUUCAAGGAACUAUGGUGGUACUGGUAUUGGUUUAAGCAUCAGCAAGUGUCUAGCUGAACUUAUGGGCGGGCAGAUAAGUUUCACUAGCCGUCCUUUCGUUGGAAGUACAUUCACAUUCUCAGUUUCACUGAAGCGCUCAACCAAAGAUACUUCAGCUGAUUCAAUUAGGAGCUUGUCCGAGGCACUGCCAACUGCUUUCAAGGGAAUGAAGGCCAUUUUGAUAGAUGGGAGACCCGUACGUAGUGCAGUCACAAGAUAUCACCUUAGGAGGUUGGGAAUAAUUGUUCAAGUUGUGAACAAUAUGAGUGUGGGACUAAAAGCUUUUUCUGGGCAAAAUGGAGUAACCAAUUCCAGGGAAAAGGCGUCCAUGCUUUUUAUUGAGAGUGACAUCUGGAGGCCUGAGACAGAUGUUCAGUUAUUGAAUAGUCUAUGGAAGCACAAGAAUGGUCAGUUAUCUGAUGUGCCCAAGGUAGUUCUUUUGGUCACCUCUGAAGCUGAUAAGGACAAAUAUGGAUCCACAUUCGAUAUUGUGAUGUGUAAGCCUAUAAGGGCAAGCACAAUUGCUUCAUGUAUUCAACAGUUGCUCAAAGUAGAGGUGCCCGAAAGAAAAGAAAAUCAAAAUCGUCCCUCAUUUCUUGGUAGCUUGCUGGUUGGGAAGAACAUAUUGAUUGUAGAUGACAAUAAAGUUAAUCUCAGAGUUGCUGCAGCCGCACUCAAGAAGUAUGGUGCUAAUGUUCGUUGUGUUGAAAGUGGCAAGGAUGCUGUCAGCCUACUUCAAUCACCACAUUGCUUUGACUCAUGUUUUAUGGAUGUUCAGAUGCCAGAGAUGGAUGGGUUUGAGGCUACCAGACAAAUAAGGCAAAUGGAGAUGAAAGCUAAUGAGGAAAGGAAGAACAAAUUGACUUCAACUGAAGGUUCAAAACUUGUUGAGUGGCAUUUGCCUGUUCUGGCAAUGACUGCUGAUGUCAUCCAGGCAACUUAUGAAGAGUGCAUAAAAUCGGGAAUGGAUGGAUAUGUGUCAAAACCCUUCGACGAGGAGCAACUAUACCAAGCAGUCUCCAGACUAGUGGUGGGAACAACCGAGUCGGCUGUUUGAUGGUCUGAUCAACGGAAUGAUUCCCACGUGUCAUUUGUAGAAGUGAAGCAUCACCUUCUUGCUUCUGUCCAGCUGACUCUAACGAACGUCUGACAUGACCUCUCACAACACUACAUGAAAGGACGGAAGUGACAUGAGCUAGUUAUGCAUCACAGUCGAAGUUUCUACGGCAGCCCAGGGGAGUGGUAGAUCACCUUGUAAUUCUCUUUGAUGUCUAUAGGCUGUUGUAUCUUCUGACAGUUCAUUGAAAAUUUCGAAUCGUUGUGUUGCACUCUCUAGUUUCAGAGUCCCCUGGAAACUGAAAAGAAGUGAUGACUUACCCAGUUGUCGCCUUCGCAUGUUCAGUGUAAAGGAAAACUGGCCUUGGACUUGUGUCCUUCCAUCCGCUAAAUACGAACUUGUUAGUUCUUCUCAA